AUGGCUCCUGCGCGAAACGAUGAGUUGUUCACGCCAACCAAUGGCGUCCAAGAGCCAGCAUUGCCCAUCAAGUCUAAGUCCGCCGAGGGCAGGCUGAUGCACCGCUCUCUAGUGCAGCACCCAUCAAUGGUCGAAUCGGCAAGCGGGAUCUACUUGAAUCUCGCCAACGGCAAGAAGGUCAUCGAUGCUUGUGGUGGUGCCGCCGUAGCCUUGAUCGGCCACGGCAACGAGGAAGUCAUCCAAGCCAUCACCGAACAAGCCCGGAAAGUCAGCUACGUCCACACGCAAGCAUAUACCACCCAACCCGCCGAGGAGCUCGCGAAUCUCAUACUCGACGGCAAUCCCCACGGCCUCGAAAAGGCCUUCUUCGUUUGCAGCGGAAGUGAAGCCGUGGAGUCGGCGCUGAAGCUGGCACGUCAGUACCACUACGAGAAGGGAGAGCCCCAGAGAUUGCAUCUCAUCGCUAGACGUCAGGCUUAUCACGGCAACACCAUGGCCACCAUGUCUGUCUCGAGUGUUGCUGCGCGAAAGGUCCCUUACGACGGCUUCUGUUACCCCAACGUAUCAUAUGUCUCGCCCGCCUACGCCUAUCAAUACCAACGAUCAGACGAGAGCGAGGCAGACUUCACGGCCAGACUGCUCGCUGAAAUUGAAGCAGAGUUCCAAAGUGUGGGCCCUGAGAAGGUCAUUGGCUUUGUCGCCGAGACAAUGGUCGGCGCCACCGCAGGUUGUGUGGCUCCUCCUGCUGGUUAUCUCAAGGGUGUGCGGGAGAUCUGUGAUAAGUACGGCGCCCUUCUCAUCCUGGACGAGGUCAUGUGCGGCACUGGCAGGACCGGCACCUUCUUCGCAUUCGAGCAGGAGGGUAUCGUCCCCGACAUCACAACGAUCGCGAAGGGUCUCGGUGGUGGCUACGGUCCCAUCGCCGGAGUUCUCAUGCACGAGAAAGUGGUCACCGUCCUGAGGCGGGGAUCAAAGGCGUUCAACCACGGCCACACCUACCAGGCGCAUCCCAUCGCUUGCGCUGCCGCUCUUGUGGUUCAGAAAAUUGUCAAGCGGGAAAACCUCGUUGAGCGUUGUGCGCAACUAGGCAAGACACUGGAGAACCUGCUUCGCGCUGAGCUCAAAGACUGCAAGUCUGUUGGCAACAUUCGUGGGCGCGGCUUGUUCUGGGCAGUAGAGUUUGUUAGAGAUCGAGAAACCAAGGCCACGUUUAACCCGACGCAGCGCUUCGGUCUUCGGAUCCAAGAGCGGGCUUUCGAGAAUGGUGUUGCGUUGUACCCUGGCGCAGGAACCGUGGAUGGAAAGAGAGGAGACCAUGUGUUGUUGGCGCCGCCUUUUACCACGACUGAAGAGCAGCUGAAGCAAAUCUGUCAAGUAUUUAGGGAAGCAGUGGAAGAAAUUGAGGCGGAAACAGAGUGGUGA